UGCAUUACGUUUUUUGGCUGUUGCAAUUUUGGGAAUUAUCACUGCAUAUCACACGUUCAACGUUAGGAAUAAACAUGUUAGAUUUGCCAUGUGUAUAAAUCAAUUAUUAGUUGUGUUUAAGUUUGCUGCUAUACUUAUUUUGGCUGUUAUGACUUUAAGCAAAACAAAUAAUGAUCCUAGUUAUAUAAAUAAUUGGCAUGGCAUUUUUAAUUAUACUGCAUCAAAUGUUUCAUAUCAGAGAACUACUCCAGAAUUUAUUGGAGCAUAUGGCAGUGCUAUAUUAAAG